CCUCUGCUUUUGAAUCUGACUCAAUGCCACAGUGAUGAUCCUUCAGAUCCACUAGACACUGACAGAAAUGGAUCUGUGUGAUGCUGUCUGCUGGGUUCAACGGAUCAUCUACAUACCCACAACUGCUGUGGGUCUCCCACUGAACCUGGCAGCUCUGUGGAUGUUGUUUUUCCGGAUACGACGCUACACAGAGUCAACUGUUUUUCUGACCAACCUUGUCUUAAGUGACAUUCUUCUCAUAUUUUCCCUCCCUUUCAAAAUUUAUGCUUAUAACAGACGAUGGGGGCUGGGAAGGAAUUUUUGUUCAUUUUUGGAGAGCCUGGUAUAUGUAAACAUGUAUGGGAGUAUUUUAUUUAUAGUGUGCAUUUCAGUGGAUCGUUAUAUUGCCCUGAGGUUUCCAUUUAAAGGCAAAAAACUUCGCUCUCCUCGGAAGUCUACAGUCAUUUGCCUUGCAAUAUGGAUUUUAAUUUUUGCAACGAACCAUACAGUGUAUACUUUGCAUGACCACGGUGAGUGGUGUUUCCAGAAUUUUUCAAACACGACCUGGAAUAAAGUGGGAAUUGUUGUGUCCAUGGAGAUCACAUUCUCUGUCAGUACGACCAUCAUAAUUUUCUGCUCCAUCAACGUCUUGCUGAUUCUGAGAGGCUUGAGAAAACAAAACCCACAUGACGAAAAGCUGAGGAACAACCAAUCGGUGAAGAUAGUCAUCAGCAACCUUAUCGUAUUCCUGGUGUGCUUCAUACCGUACCACAUUGCUGCACUCAUUUAUUUCUGGGCGAAGAACAGCAUGGUGGAACCAAAGGAUAUCAGUCCCCUGAGGCAGUUUGUCCACAUCAGUGCUUGCGUGAGUAGUGUUAACUGCCUGUUUGAUGGCAUUGGCUACUACUUCAUACUGAAGGAGAACUGGUUGGCAGCUAAACAGGAACGAAAACAGCUUUCAGUCAGACAGCAAAUACAUGAAAGCAUAAGAGGUACGAAAAGAGAAAAACAGGAACUCAACAUGGGCAAAACAGCGGCAGGCAAAUGAAUGCACUAUUUUUUCUUUCUCUGUGGUCCUGCUGGUG